AUGGCUCCUGCUGAGUUUGAUGAAGAAGUGUUGGAGAAUCCUGAGUUGUAUGGAUUGAGAAGAUCAGGUAGAGCCCAUGUGAAACCAACAAGUUUCGAAGAGAGUGAUGUAUCUGAUGAUGAUGACGAUGAGAUAUCAAAACCUAAAAGAAAGAAGAAACAAAUAGAUACAUAUAGUGAAGAUGAAGAAGAAGCUCAAGAAGCUGAUGAUCAAGAUGGAUUUGAUGAUGAAGAAGAUGAUGACGAUGAAGAGUUUGGUGCUCCAAAGAAAUCUAAAUCCAAACUCAAAAAGAGACGGAAAGUUCACAAGAAACCAAAAAUUUCAACACAACAGGAAGAGGUUAGAUUCAGUUCGAGAAAUAGCAAGGCUAUUAACUAUCAAGUUGAUGAAGAGGAUGAUGCUGAUUUACUUGUGAGUGAUGAUGAUGAAGAUAACUAUUAUUAUUAUGACACAAAUACAGAAACUACACCUGUACCUGAUAAUGGUGUUGAUCUUGUCAUUGAUCAUCAAUUAAUUGAUCCAGAAAAUGAACCAAAUGCAUUUAGAGACUUGGCUCAAGCUAAAAAGGAUUAUAAAUUUCUUAUCAAAUGGACAGGAAAAUCUCAUAUCCAUAACACUUGGGAACAAUAUUCAAAUCUUGUGGGCUUGAAGGGUAUUAAAAAAGUUGAUAAUUAUAUCAAACAAUUUAUAAUAUUGGAUUACCAAAUAAGACAUGACCCAUUAACAACAAGAGAAGAUAUAGAAGCUAUGGAUAUUGAAAGAGAUAGAAGAUUGGAUGAAAUUGCAGAAUAUAAAAACGUUGAAAGAGUUAUCGAUUCUGAAAGAUCUGUUAAUGAUGACGGUGACGAAGAAUUGAAAUAUUUUGUCAAAUGGAGAAGAUUAAACUAUGAUGAAGCAACUUGGGAAUUGGCUGAAACUAUUGUACAGAUUGGUCCAAAUGAAGUUAAACAAUUCCAACAACGUUUAAAUUCCAAGAUAUUACCUUCUUUAUCUUCAAGUUAUGGUUCACAGCGUCCAAGAUUUGAAAAAUUAGUUGUUCAACCUAAAUUCAUUAAAAAUGGUGAAUUAAGAGAUUUCCAAUUGACUGGUUUAAAUUGGAUGGCUUUCUUAUGGUCAAGAAAUGAAAAUGGUAUUUUGGCUGAUGAAAUGGGGUUGGGUAAAACUGUUCAAACUGUUAGUUUCUUAAGUUGGCUUAUCUAUGCUAGAAGACAAAAUGGUCCUCAUUUAGUUGUUGUUCCAUUAUCAACUAUUCCUGCUUGGCAAGAGACUUUUGAAAAAUGGUCCCCAGAUUUAAAUUGUGUUUAUUACUUGGGUAAUACAGAAGCUAGAAAAACCAUUAGAGAUUAUGAAUUUUAUAAUAACAAGAAGAUAAAAUUCAAUGUUUUGUUGACAACUUAUGAAUACAUUUUGAAAGAUGCUAAUGAAUUGGGUUCAGUUAAAUGGCAAUUCUUGGCUGUUGAUGAAGCUCAUAGAUUGAAAAAUGCAGAAUCUUCAUUAUAUGAAUCAUUAAAUGCCUUUAAAGUUAGUAACAGAUUGUUGAUCACAGGUACUCCAUUACAAAACAAUAUAAAAGAAUUGGCAGCCUUGGUGAAUUUCUUGAUGCCGGGGAAAUUUCAAAUUGAUGAAGAGAUUGACUUUGAAUCUUCAGAUAAUGAUCAAGAAACUUAUAUCAGAGAUUUACAAAGUAAAUUGAAACCAUUCAUUUUAAGACGUUUGAAAAAAGAUGUUGAAAAAUCUUUACCAUCCAAAACUGAACGUAUCUUAAGAGUUGAAUUAUCUGAUUUACAAACUCAAUAUUAUAAGAAUGUCUUGACCAAGAAUUAUGCAGCUUUGAACCAAGGUUCAAAAGGUGGACAUGUUUCAUUGUUGAAUGUCAUGAGUGAAUUGAAGAAAGCCUCGAACCAUCCUUAUCUUUUCGAUAAUGCUGAAGAACAAGUUUUAGCGAAAUUUGGUACUUCAACUAAUGGUGGGUUCCAUUCAAGAGAAGAUAUCUUGAGAGGUAUGAUCAUGUCAUCAGGUAAAAUGGUGUUGUUGGAUAAAUUGUUGACACGUUUGAAAAAAGAUGGUCAUAGAGUUUUGAUCUUUUCUCAAAUGGUUAGAAUAUUAGAUAUUCUUGGUGAUUAUCUGUCAAUUAAAGGUAUCAAUUUCCAAAGAUUAGAUGGUACUGUUCCUUCAGCACAACGUCGUAUUUCUAUUGAUCAUUUCAACGCUCCAGAUUCUUCAGAUUUUGUGUUUUUAUUAUCCACCAGGGCUGGUGGGUUGGGUAUCAAUCUUAUGACUGCUGAUACUGUUAUUAUCUUUGAUUCGGAUUGGAAUCCUCAAGCUGAUUUGCAAGCCAUGGCUAGAGCUCAUAGAAUUGGUCAAAAGAAUCAUGUUAUGGUUUAUAGAUUUGUUAGUAAGGAUACAGUUGAAGAGGAAGUUUUGGAAAGAGCUAGAAAGAAGAUGAUUUUAGAAUAUGCAAUUAUUUCAUUGGGUGUCACUGAUGGAACUAAUAGAUCUAAAAAGAAUGAACCCUCAACUGGUGAAUUGAGUGAAAUCUUGAAAUUUGGUGCCGGUAAUAUGUUUAAAGCUAGUGAAAACCAAAAGAAAUUAGAAGAUUUGAACUUGGAUGAUGUUUUGAAUCAUGCUGAAGAUCAUAUCACCACACCUGAUUUAGGUGAAUCUAAUCUCGGUGGUGAAGAAUUCUUGAAACAAUUUGAAGUUACAGAUUAUAAAGCUGAUGUUGAUUGGGAUGAUAUUAUUCCAGCUGAAGAAUUGGCCAAACUGAAGGAAGAUGAAAAGAAACGUUUAGAAGAACAAUAUAUCCAAGAGCAAAUGCAAAUGUACUCAAGAAGACAAGCUGUCAUGAAAAAUAUGCAAAGAACAAAUACUUUUGAGGAAGAUGAAGAUGAUAGUGAAUCAACCAAGAAGGCUAAUAGAAAGAAGAAGGCUGAUUAUAACAAGAUUACCGAAAAGGAAAUCAGAGCUAUCUAUAGAUCUAUUAUGAAGCUUGGUGAUAUAUCAAACAAAUGGGAAGAUUUGAUUAAUGAAGGUACAUUACCUGAAAAUAAAAAUCCAGAUUUGUUCCAAAAAUGUUAUGAUGAAUUGGUUGAAAUUUCAAAAGAUUUGGUCAAGAAGGAAGAGGAACGUCGUUCAAAAGUAUUGGCAAAGAUGGAGAAGGAAGCAUUGGAACAUAAAGAGAAGAUUGAUAAAGGUGAAGUUGAAAAUAAGGAUGGGAAAAAUCCAAUGUUGUUAUGGAUGCUGAAACGUAAAGAACGUAAAGCCAUUCUGUUUGAGUACCAAGGUGUUAAGAGUUUGAAUGCUGAACUGAUAUUAUCAAGACCACAAGAUCUUAAAUUGGUUCAUGAUGCUAUUGCAAGUUUUGAUGAUCCAUUACACUUCAAGUUUAACAGCACUAUUAAACCAGUUUAUGGCUGGACUUCUAACUGGACCCAACAUGACGAUGAAAUGCUGGUUGUUGGUAUUGAUAAAUAUGGAUAUGGUUCUUGGAUUCAAAUCAGAGAUGAUCCUUUCUUAGGUUUAAGUUCCAAGAUGUUUUUGAAUGAAGUUAAUUCAAAAGACUCAAAAGAUGAUAAAAACACCAAGAAAGUCCCAGGAGCUGUUCACUUAGGUAGAAGAGUUGAUUAUUUGAUUUCAGUCUUGAAAGGUGGUGACGAUGAUAACACUGGAGGUAAUACACCAAACCCAUCUACACCAAAUGAACCAAAGAAGAGAACAAGAAAACCAAGAGCUGAAGGUUCUGCUAAACCAGGUCCAAAACCAAAAGGUGUUACUGGUGCCGGUUCAAGAUCAAGAACUCCAGAUUAUCCAAAGGUUACUAAACGUGGGAAGAAACCAGAAUCUGCUGCUUCAACUCCAAAUCCUGAACAUCCAGAAAAGAAACAUCCAAAGAAGCCUGCUGCUGCAUCAGCUCCAACUAAGAAAGUUGAUGAAGGUUAUGAAAGUAUGGAUGAACAAUUGUGUAAAGAUACUUUGAGUCCAAUGCGUCAUUCCUUGAAAAGAUUAAAUAAAGGUGCUACUGGAUUGGAUCGUAAGGAAUGGGCAAAGAUUUUGAAAACAGAAUUGAUCAAUGUUGGUGAUUUCAUUAAUAAGACAGUGAAGAAAGGUGAUGUUAAAGAUGAAGAUAAAUUUAAGAAACAUUUAUGGUUUUAUACUUCCCAUUAUUGGCCAGCUAAAGUUAAAAGUACUCAAAUUAAAUCAAUGUAUCAAAAAUUGAAAGAUAGUUCAGGUCCUGAAGGGAAAUAA